GCCGUCUCCAUUCCUUACACCAGACUUUCUAUCUUCACUGUAUUUAUUGGACUAGGGCCUCCGCCACUCAGCUCAGGAAAAAAUUUUCCGUUGUUUAUUUGAAAUAAUAUCAUUGCCUUAUCGAUCUGCUAACAAAGAAAGGUUAGCAAGAAUCAGCUAGAUAUGCCGACUCUGCUAAGAAUAAAUCACCAGAGUCACCCACAUCAGCUGGAGCUGAAACGUAGCCAAGUCCCUUACUAUUGCGAUGGGUGUAAAGAGCCAGGGUUUGGACUGUGCUACCAAUGCCCCAACAAAAACUGCAACUUCUUUCUAGACGAGGAAUGUGGAAUUAAUCUUCCUUCCCAUUCUCACCAACUUCUACAAAAUUGUCAUUUCAAAUUUUACAAGGAAAAUCCGCGACGACAUCUUAGAAUCUGUGACGCUUGUGGAAAAGUCAUACAAGGGUUCCUCUACCAGUGCUCACAUAAGCCUGGACAUGACCUGCAUCCUUGCUGUGCAAAGCUUCCAUUAAGCUUCUCUGACAAUGGGAUGGAAAUUUGCCUUCGUAAUGAGGUCAACUCUAAAUGCUUAAAAUGCCAAAGUAAGGCAAAAUUUAGUUGGUUUUAUGUUUCAAAGUCUGGUGAGUAUUGUUACCACGUUGCUUGCAUGAAAGAAGCCUGGCUUGAGAAUUGGAAAAAGGAUUAUUUUCAACUUGAUGCUGCCAAGAAUGGAAAUCUUGUGUUGCAAAAUUUGGCCCCGAAAGAGGUAGCUCCCAGAGAUGGGCAAAGCUCGAAAGUGAAGAAGGGAAUGAAGUGGUUGAUCGUAUUUCUCAACCUGGUCGUUUCAGCUAUAUUUGGAGAUCCAUUGUCUUUGAUAUCUAGCAUGUUUCAAUUUUAUCAGAACUAGUUUUUAGUGUCUUAAUAAGUUGUUUUAAACGUUUCUCCAUUACCUUGCUUCAUGUACUCCUGUUCUCAUUAAUAAAAU